AUGGUGACGCCCAUCCCCGUCCUCUCCGAUUACGGACUCUCGGCGAAGCACGGCUUCCUUCCCGAAACACCGCCCUUGACCCGGCUGCCGGAUCCCUACUACAACAAGUGGGAGGCGGUUGCUGCCAACCUCCAAGCCCUCGUCCUGACCCGUCGCUUGCGCGGUAUCCUCGAUCAGCUCCCCGUCCUUUCCACCGUUGGUCUCGAGCACGACUCCGAAUGGCGGCGCGCCUACUCGUUGCUGUGCUUCAUGGCGCACGCGUACGUCUGGGGAGGCGACUCCCCGGCUGAUCGGCUCCCCCCGUCCGUCUCGGUGCCGCUGCUGGACGUCUCGCAGCAUCUGGAGGUUCCGCCCGUGGCCACCUACGCCGCCCUCUGCCUGUGGAACUUCAAGCCCGUCUUCGCCGACGAGGACGUUGACAGCCUGGAGAACCUCGCCACCCUCAACACCUUCACCGGGUCCAUCGACGAGUCGUGGUUCUACCUCGUUUCCGUCGCCAUCGAGGCCCGCGGAGCCCCCAUUCUCGACCUGAUGCUCACGGCCAUGGCGGCGGCUCGGGCAAACGACGCAAACGCCGUGGCCGCGCGCCUGAUUGCCUUUGCCGAGCGCCUCACCGACCUGACCAACAUCCUGCAGCGAAUGCACGAGAGCUGCGACCCCACCAUCUUUUACCACCGCAUCCGCCCGUUCCUGGCGGGGAGCAAGAACAUGGCCGAGGCUGGGCUGCCUCGCGGCAUCCUGUACCAAGACGCCUCGGGAACCCGCGAGUACCGCCAGUACAGCGGGGGCAGCAACGCGCAAAGUAGCUUGAUCCAGUUCUUCGACGUCGCGCUCGGCAUCCACCACCGCUCCACCGGCGAGACGCGGGAUCCCCCCUCCUCCGAGUCGGAGCGCGACCGAGAGACGGCCCGCACCUCCCCCCCAAAGCACAACUUCAUCCAGGACAUGCGCCGGUACAUGCCCGGCCCGCAUGCGAGAUUCCUCGCCGACGUCGGCAAGGUGGCCAACAUCCGGCAGUUUGUCAAGGCCAACAAGCGGAACCGGGAGCUGUGUCUUGCCUACGACGCGUGUCUCGCCAUGCUCAGUGCCUUUCGCGACAAGCACAUCUCCAUUGUGACGCGCUACAUCAUCAACCCUUCAAGAGAAGUCCGGGCCAGGAGUCGGUCGCGGAGCAGAAAGCCCGUCAACAUAGCAGCGGCGUCGCAAAAAGCCAAAGCCCAGGGCCAGACGGGCACCGGUGGCACGGCCCUGAUACCCUUCCUUAAGCAAGCGAGGGAUGAGACUGGAGAGCCGGCCGUGGAAGAAUGGACGAAACGCUUCAUGAAGAGGAAGCUCAAGGCCGAGUAUCAGGCCGAUCCGCUGUUUACCUCCAAGUCCGGCCUGGUGGCGGUUGAGGAAAAUGUCAAUGUCAACGGUCUGGCAGGGUCGUGGACCAUGGACGACGAGGUUGGCGGCAUCUGCUCUUUCUGA